AUGUCAAGAAUAGCGCCAAACCCUGAACAAUUUUCUGAGGAUCCUCCACACGUUACUUUCCUUCUUCCUACGAAAAAUCCACCUUCUUCAUCUUCAAGUAGGACUCCUUCAGUAAUUUCUGUUGCCUCUAUUAAUUUUACUUUGAAACAGCCACGUUAUCAUACUCUAUACCAACCUUCAUGGCGUGAACAGUUGGCCGUUGAACUUGACAACUCUGCCAUUGGUAGUAUAUGGAAAUUGGUUGACGCUUUCCUCAAUAUAUUAUUAUGUGGUAUUUACAUUGCAAACACGAACGAUAUGAAGGGAACCUUGCCAUGGUUUAACGUGUGGUUAGAAGUCUUAGUGUCAAUUAUCUUAUUAAUGGAAUAUAUUCCAAAGUUUUAUAUCUAUGAAUUAAAUUCUUGGCGUUCCUUGUUUACCAGUCCUACACCAAUUCUUACACUUUUAACUGUAUACCCUGUGAUUCAUUCGUUGCUAUUUUUCUGUACUAUCAUAUUUCUUGUAUUAACUGGGUCUUCUUUAUUACACGGCGUGGAAUAUGUUUAUAUGGGCGAGAAACUUACUUUCUUAGAUGCUGUGUUUUUCACGACUAUUAUGUUGGGCACCGUCGGAUACCUUAGUGAUAUAUAUUCGAUAUCGGAAUUGAUCGCAUUGAUACGUUCCAAAUCAGUUUAUGAUAGGCCAUUUAAAAAGAUUUCACAGCAACCACAUGUUAUUAUUAUUGCACCAACUUUAGAAUUACCUUCUUUAAGGCACUUUUUAAAAGAGUUUUAUUCGUUGGCGCAUGGCCCUGCUACGGUUAACACUAAGGUGGUGAUAUUAAAUCCUAUGGAUCCUACAGAUCGCGUGAGGACAUUCCUUUCUGAUCCCGUCUUCGCACAUCGUGUACAAUAUAUUCGUGGGAGUUCACUUGAGGCGCGUAGUCUUGAAAAGGCUAAUGCAAAACACGCGUCUGCCUAUUUUAUUUUAGCCAAAAAAUAUACUCAACAAAGUGAAAUUAUAGAUGCGGAGAAUGUAUUGAAAGCGAUCGCAUUGAGAAAAUUCGAUCAGGGACCAAAACUUUAUAUUCAAUGCAUUUUGCCAGAGAAUAAAGUUCAUUUUGAGAGUUUAAAUCCCGAACAAAUAAUAUGCACUGACGAGUUAAAACUUGCUAUUCUUGCACAUUCAUGUCUUACUCCUGGUUUUUCGACUCUUUUGUAUGGAUUAACUACUUCAUUUACAUUUGAAACUGCCCACGAGUUAAGAGCUAGAUCAAAGAAAAUGAAAGGUUCGGAUUGUAUUGACACUGACACUAUUGAAGAUUAUAUUACUGGGAUUUCGCAAUCGAUAUAUACGACCACUUUAUCCGAAUUUUUCUCAGGAAAAACGUUCCUUGCUGUUGCCGAGCGGCUUUAUGAUAGUUUAGGUGUAGUUUUGUUUGCUAUUGGGAUUCCAAAACAACGUUCAAUUAGCAGAUAUACAAAUAAUUGGAUUUAUGGUCAACAUGAGGAAGUAGGGGAGGAGGAUUCUAAAAAUUACAUGGUCUUAAUAAAUCCUGGGGAUUAUGUUGUGAAAGGUGAUGAGAUUGGAUUCGUCAUUGCAUUAGAUGGUUCUAUAGCAGAUGGUGUUUCGUCUUAUAAGGGUCAUAAUGGAAAUCCAAGGAGUACUGUUAUAUCACCUGAAAGACAUGGGCAAGUCCCACCAGAAAGACAACCAUUAUUAUCUGCUGAUGGAUUGAAAAACAAUUCGGGCGGAGGAUAUUUUGAUCUAAAGAAAAAAGCAGGUCCAGCAACAACACCUGAUGGACAGCAUGAGUAUCCACAUAGACCUGAUUCUUCAGUUGCACGUCGUCAUCGUGCACUGUCAACACCUCUUGCUUUAAACGAUGAACAUCAAGUUCGUCAUCACCCUUCACAUCAUCACACCAUCGAUCCUAUUUCACAUGGUGCCUCUCUAGCACACGAUGUUGAACAUCCAAACUCUAUUAUUGAUGUUAUCACCGGUCAUAUUAUUUUGUGCGAUUAUUCACCAACCAUAUUUCCACGUAACCUUGAUUGUUUCGUUAUUUAUUUUGUGCAAGGAAAUCCAAUGACAAGAGAAGGUUUAGAACUUGGAAGAGUGAAACACGCUAAACAAGCUGUCAUUUUAACAGAUUCCACCCGAAUUUUAAGGCAUACAUUUUACUUAUUUGCGAAUGGAGAAAGAACAGAAGACGCAUCAGCAAUGUUAGUCUAUUUGAAUAUUAAGGCUAUGUGUAAUGCAGACAUUGAUGUGUUUGUAGAAUUUGUUCAUAUGGAUAAUAUGAAAUUUAUGUCUGAGGACGCAUCGGCUAUUGAUAAGAAUAUGCAAGCACAUCAUUCACCGGCUUUUAUGGCUGGUACAUGCUUUACUUUAUCUAUGUUGGAUAGUAUAAUUUGUCAAUCAUUUUAUCAACCACACCUCGUAGCGAUAAUCCAUCAGUUACUUUUUGGCGCACCUCCAUUGCACUUACCUUCUGGGGCUACAUGUCCCGCGCCUGCUCAUUCACAUUUUUUUCAAAUCCCUAUUCCACAGGCAUAUAUUGGGUUUCAAUAUGGUGCAUUAUUUAAAUAUUUUUUGGAAGAAAAAAAGGUUAUACCUUUAGGAUUGUAUCGAACUAGGAAAAUGAAAACUUCCGAUGAUAAUAUAAAAUCAACUAAAUAUGUUUAUACCUGUCCUAGGUAUAAUGUAUAUUUAAGAGAUGAUGAUAAGGUUUUCGUAUUAAGCAAAAGAAUGCCUGUUUGUUAA